UAAGCUAUGAAUUUGUCGUGUUGUUAUCCUAUGUUUGUGAUAACUCAACUUAUGAAGUUGUGUUUAUGUGGUGGUUACCAUUUUCCAACUCUUCUCCAUGCACCUUCACAAGCUUUCUAGCAUGCCUUCCUCCUUGGCAGGGAGUGCGUUCUUUCUGGUGGGUCACCGAGUUUUGGACAUGAGAAGGAGUAAUGGUUGUUUAUUCCGGAAGAAUCGGAGAUGGGUCGGAGCAUCCAUUUCGUGUUCUGGUGUUAGGAACGAUUUGCCUUCUAUUGAACAGCUUAGUGAUGCACGGGUAAUAUACUCCGUCGCUGCAUCUAUGGGACACAACCAGGAGGCUCAUCCAGAAUCACAUUUUCGAGUUCCUGCAAUUGUGAAUGCUCUAGAAGAAAUGCAGCUCUCUUCUAAGUUCCGUGGCUCUGAGUUAAUUGAACUUCAAAAUUUUGAGCCUGCUUCAGUAGAUGAUAUUGCAAGUGUUCAUGCAAGAGCCUAUGUUUCUGGACUUGAAAAGGUUAUGGAUCAAGCUGUGGAGAAGGGCCUUAUUUUCGUUGAAGGUUCUGGACCAACAUAUGCCACUGCCACUACCUUUCAGGAGUCAAUAAUUGCAGCUGGUGCUGGAUUAGCCUUAGUGGACUCAGUGGUUGCAGGUUCAAAGAUAAAGAGUGAUGCACCCACUGGUUUUGCUCUGAUAAGACCUCCAGGACAUCAUGCUGUUCCACAAGGACCUAUGGGCUUCUGCAUUUUCAGCAAUGUGGCCAUUGCAGCCCGUCAUGCUCAGCGUGUUCAUGGACUGAAGCGGGUGUUUAUUAUUGAUUUUGAUGUUCAUCAUGGGAAUGGAACAAAUGAUGCUUUCUAUAAUGAUCCAGAUGUAUUUUUCCUUUCGUUUCAUCAAGAUGGAAGCUACCCAGGCACCGGUAAAUUUAAUGAAGUGGGAAGUGGGGAUGGUGAAGGAACCACAUUAAAUCUGCCUCUUCCUGGAGGCUCAGGUGAUACUGCUGUUAGAACCGUGUUCGAUGAAGUUAUUGUACCAUGUGCCCAAAGAUUUAAACCAGACAUCAUUCUUGUUUCUGCUGGGUAUGACGGGCACGUGUUGGAUCCACUCGCUAAUCUUCAAUAUACAACUGGAACAUAUUACAUGCUAGCAUCCAGUAUUAAGCAACUAGCGAGGGAUUUAUGUGGGGGACGGUGCGUGUUUUUCUUGGAGGGAGGAUAUAAUCUGAAGUCUCUGUCAUAUUCAGUGGCAGACACAUUUCGUGCUCUUCUUGGUGAUAGAAGCUUGGCAUCUGAAUUUGAUGACCCUAACAUUUUGUACGAAGAGCCAUCUACAAAAGUUAAGCAAGCAAUUCAGAGGAUAAAACACAUUCAUUCCCUUUGAUGUCGAAAUCAGAAACUGACAUGACAAGUAUAUAUAAUCUAGCUAACAUUAAUAAUUUCAUGUUUUGUGGGAUCCAUCCACAAGUGUAUGUCGUUACCUCCUUAGGUUGUCUCUGCCCCACUUAUCACAUAGAAGCAAAGCAAUGGUACAGAAUUGUUUCUGAUCAUGUUGUCAUAGCCAUGUCACUAUAUACAAAGGAAUAAAACCUUCUUUUUAUAUCA